GGGCUGGGCCAGCCACAGAGGACACCACAAUGUCCACCGCUGAUGGCCUUCCCCACUACCCGCUGGACUCGGACUUGGUGAAGAGAUUAAAGUCUGCCCUGGAAGCCAAGGAUGAGGAGAGAGUGAGGGGUGUGAUCUGCUCUGAAGUCCAGCCCGUGGACGCCAUGAUAGAGCUGGCCAAUGAUGACUGGAUGAAAGACCCCGCGGUUCAGCUGCCCCCGGGCGUGCUGCUCGGAAACCUGGACCGUCUUAAGCCCCUCAUGGGCCAAUUCUUCCGGGAUGCCAAUGUAGUGUUCGAGAUCAACAAGGAUGAGAUGGAAUGGCAGGUGAAAUCUUCAGCCACGUUUGGACUGUCAGGCCUCUGGACCCUGGAGUACAAGCGCGAGCUCACCACGCCCCUGUGCAUCGCGGCGGCCCAUGGCCACGCGGCCUGCGUGAGGCACCUGCUGGACCACGGCGCGGACCCCGACGCCAGUCCCGGUGGCCGCGGCGCCCUGCACGAGGCCUGCCUCGGGGCCCACACGGCCUGCGCCCGUCUGCUCCUGCGGCACCGCGCCGACCCCGACCUGCUCAGCGCCGACGGCCUGACGCCCCUGCACCUCUGCCGCUCGGUCGCCUCGCUCGGGUGCGCGCAGGCGCUGCUGGAGCACGGCGCCUCGGUGCAGCGCGCGGGCGGCGCCGGGCAGGACACGCCGCUGCACUUGGCGGCGCAGCUCGGCCUGGACGAGCACGUGCGCCUCUACCUGGGCUGCGGGGCGCGCGUGGACGCGAGGAACGGCCGCGGCGAGACGGCCCUGAGCGCGGCGUGCGGCGCGGCCCUGCGGCCCGACGAGCACGCGCGCUGCCUGCGCCUGUGCGCGCUGCUGCUACGGCGGGGCGCGGCGGCGGACGCGCGCGACGAGGACGAGCGCAGCCCGCUGCACAAGGCCUGCGGGCACGCGCGGCACGGCCUGGCGCGCCUCCUGCUGCGGUUCGGCGCCGACGCGGGCGCGCUCGACUACGGCGGGGCCUCGCCGCUGGCCCGAGCGCUGCGGACGGCCGGCUGCGCGCCCCAGGACGCGCCGGAGCUCACGGUGCGGGUGCUGCUCAACCACGGCUCCCCCACCGUGUGGCCCGACGCCUUCCCCAAGGUGCUGAGGACCUGCGCGGCCAGCCCUGCGGUCAUCGAGGUUCUUUUCAACUCCUACCCUCAGCUCCGCGUGUCAGAGUCCUGGAAGGAGGCGAUUCCUGAAGAAGUAUUUCAGAUGCACAAGUCUUUCUACCAGUCCUUCUCUGCCUUGGCCCACACCCCACGCUGCCUGCAGCAUCUUUGCCGCUGUGUCCUUCGCAGAUUGUUUGGUAAGCAGUGCUUUGACCUCAUACCUCUGUUACCCUUACCAAAGUCUCUGCAAAAUUAUCUGCUUUUGGAACCAGAAGGUGUCUUGCACUGAAAAUCGGCAGCCAGAUGCUUGUUCCCAUCUCUGCCCAUCGCGGAGGCUGUGUGAUGAGGACCACACCCCAGGCACGGAAGGACGUGGUGCGCUCUUCCCCUUUUCCCCCCACUCUCCCGUGGGACUAGCAGAAGCACCAACCUCGCUGAACUUCAGGUACCUCUGGAGCUGAAUUGGUAAUAAACUCCUUCACUGCCUCCCAGGCUUGCUGGUGAGGGUCACAUGAAACUGUGACUGGGAGGAUACUUGGUGCCUUUUGACAAAAGCUAAAAAACUAAAAGACACAGCAAGUCCUCACUGUCACCGUUGAUAGGUUCUUUGAAACUGAGGCUCUAAGCAAAACAAGAUGUAAGGAAACCAGUUUACCAAAGGCUAAUUGAUAUAAACAGGAGUUAAGUUCCUACAGCAUAUUCCUGGUCACAAAACAUCUCUCCAAACUUAUAAAUGGAGACUCAAACACUUCUAAUAUUAAACGUGGACUUAAAUGUGAACUAUGCAUACAUUAAAAAAAGAGUAAUAACAAGUAAAACUAUUUGCCCAAUUCACAGUGAGUUGGUAAGUGACAGCGCUCACGGUGGGACAGAUAGAGGAGUCAAUCUUGGCAGAGUGAAGCUUGCCGGGAGCACCUCCUACCACCACGCAGCUCAGAAAUGCUCACCAACAAGUCACUUUCUUACCGUGUCGUUUACUGUCCUGCAUUCAGAUGAUUGUCAUAUACUUAAGGAAUUUUUAUUUCACAAUAAUUUGUAUUCAUUCAUUCAUUUCCCAACCCCUUUAUCCCACUUUGGAGUUUGAGGUGGCCAGAACCUAUCCCAGCAAGUCAGGGGAUAAAGUGGGGACUGGGACAGGACACUGUUCUGUCCCAAGGCACACUCACACCCACACUCAGACAAACACAUAGAUACCACAGCUCACCUUUAGGGUGUGGGAGGGAGAGGCCGGAGAGACGGUGUCCCCAGCCAGAAAUCAAUUCUGUUAUGACUAUUUUCAGGAACCUUAACAACUCAGUGUCCUUAAGGCUCCCAACAUGGCUCUACUAUUACCAGCUUUUUAAAAUUUAUGCAAAAACACUUUCAGGAACGCAGAUCCACUUGGCUGGCUGAGGAAUCGAUUUUAUUUCUCAUCAAAUUAGACCAAACAAUGUUGAAAGGAAUGAUGUCAUCUGAGGCGCUGCUAUGUAUGUAUUUGUAAAAGGUCUGUCUCCCACCGCAGUGCGUCAGUAGUGGACGUGCCGUGCCCAACCUCCAGGCCCCACUGGGAGGCCUCUCCUCCUGGGAACCUCCACACCCCAGAGCGUGGCCCACCUGCAUGAGGCCCACCAACCUGCCAAUUUUGACGACUACCUCAUACAUUGGAAUCAUACAAUGUUUUCUUUUGUAACUGGCUCCCUUCAUGUUGUAGCGUGUUGUAGCACACGCCUAUGACAGGAUUUCCUUCUUUUAAAAGGCUGAAUAGUAUCAUCGUAUAUUCAUAUCACGUGUUCUUGGCACACUCAUCUGGCAGGGGACACCUAGGCUGCUUCCACCUGCUGGCUGCUGUGACUAGCACCGCAGUAAACACAGGAGUACAGAUAGCUCUUCAACAUACUGAUGUCCUUUCAUUUGGAUAGACACCCGGGAAUGGGAUUGCUGGAUCAUAUUGCAGUUCUAGUUUUUUAUUUUUUGAGGAACUUCUAUACCCUUUUCCAUACUGGCUGCGGCUUUUUACAUUUCCACCAGCAACAUACAAGAAUUCCAGUUUCUCCACAUCAACGUUUGUUGUUAACAGUUUCUGGGUUUUUUCUUUCUUUCUUUCUUUCUUUUUUAGUUAUUUUGAGGGAGUUUGGUUGUUGUUGUUUUUUAAACAUUUGUUCAUUCAUUUAACUUUUUGAAAAGUCCGCUGGGGGUGGGGCACUGACUGGGGAGCCAUCAUCAACAAGACAGACUCAAUGGUUACCCUCCUCAUGGAGAUCACAGCCAAAUGAAAAGGGUGACUCUUCCCAAGGCUGCUGGAGAGGGUGAGGAGGAAGGGCUUCCACUCGUGGCCACUUCCUCUCUGACUGCAUCUUUGCAUUGCAAGAAGACUGCCACGUUCCCAGGGCAGGUGACACACUGUGAGGGACCCCCGGCCAUUGCUGUCAUCACCGUGUCCUACAGGCAAUCACAUGACUUGUAUCACGAAUGUUCCCUUCCCCCACACUGCUGAGUCAUCCCAUGAAAUACAGCACCCCCACCUCCCGCCUUGCACUCUAGGUCAACAGGGCCCUGUGCAAAUGUCACAUCUCAAUAAACUGAAACUCCUAAAACAUCAAGAAGCCUUCGCCUGCCCCCAACUUAUCAGAAACAUGAGGUCACAGCUGCAAGACAAUAAGUAAGAAGUUGGCAUUAGAAAUCAGUUCUGAGUCACCCGGGUUCUGGUGGCUGUUGAGAUGGGCUGAACACCUUUGUGGAAUUACAGCUAUGACUGUAGGACAAAAAAUGGCUAGUGUGGUUGUCUGGGCCUGUCUUAAUUGUCAGAUGAGAUGGAAUUCAUUCAUAGUUUUGUAGAAUGUAUUGCUAGCAGUUUGCUUUUUGAAGGCAAAAAAUAAAAUAACUGCCAAAAAAUGUGUUCAGUGACUCUGUCUAGCUGUGCUCUAUGCUACAAGUGUUACGAAUUCCUGGCACAAUUCCACAUAGAUAAGAAAGAACAAGAAAGGAAAGGAGGAGAGGGAGAAGCUUCAGGAAGACAAAACUAAGGGGCAGGGAAGCAGGAAACCAGGGGAGAGAGGAGGGAGGGGUGAGUUAGUGGAGAUGAACGUCUGAGAAGGAAUUCUACUUUGAGACUAAAAUUAUCCCACUUCUUUUUCCAGUAAAUAAAAUAUAUCCUGGUUCUUCUUUUCAAUUCAAGGGUCUAAAAAUGUUUUCCUUUCAUAUACAGCACACAUUGCACAUCAUUGUUCUCAUUGAGUAUAUUGCAGAAACUCAACUCUCUAAGGCCUAAACUGUUUUCUUUCAUUUCAAAUGUAGUUUUUAAUGGUGCAUUCACGUGGCUCAAAGUUCAGAAGAUAACAAAAUAGUAAAUUAUGCUCUUAACUUCUAUUUUUAAAAAAGCAGAAGAGUAUUUUUCUGCCAACUUUUACUAAAUAUCUUUGAUUAUUACUUGUCAUCUGACCAACAGGGAAGUCAAAUACAUACAAGUGGAAUUCUCCUGGGAAGGCUGGCCCCUGUCCACACUGGCUAUCCCUGGGAUGAGAUGAAAUGUUCAUAGCUAGAGUGGCAGACCCAAUCCACAGCCCAGGGGCAUGAGUGUACAGACCAGGCACUGUGUGUUGUGUUAUGUUUAAAAUUCUAAACCUGCCACCGAACCUGUCUUUUUAGUGUUUUUGUAUUCACUUGAAUUUUAAAUUACUUGAUAAUUAUUGAUUCUGCAUGGCUAGAAGAAAAUCAGAGUCCCUGACACUUUUAAGUCUAAGGAGCAUUUGCUAAUCCCAGUAACUGUUUAUAAUUGUCAAUUUCCAAUUUCUGAAAUAACCUUUAAGACACACACUGAUGGGGCAGGCUGUUGAACUUUUGCAAAGAGCACUUAACCUUCCACAGAAAUGCUGUAAAAUACAGGCUUGGAGAAUGAGCUGGUUCCACUCUGGUGCCCCAGCCUCCUGUCCACGUGGGGCAUCUGAGAACAAGUAAUCACUACAAUUUCGGAUGCUAUUAGCUUGCCAAGGGCUUUUCAUCUUUUAAGGGCUGCCAUCAUCUCAAGGAUAAAUUAUCCUUCUGUCAAAUUUUCUAUGCAUAGCUAGUAUAUUCAGAAGCCCCAAAGUUUCAACUAUGAACAAUAUUCCAUUUUCGUUCUGAGACGUAAGCAUAGUUUUGGAGCAUCAAAAUGCAUUUCAAACUCCAGGAUUUGUCUUGUAAUUGUUAACAUCUUCCAAUGUUAAGACAAAAAUUAAUUUCAUAAAAGGGCCUACCUAGGGCCUGCAGAGGACUGGGGAAGCAUCUACAUUCAAUUUCAUAGAUUCCUGCAGGUGGCGCCAUAAGCAAACGGUCGUACCCUUGCCCACCAACCUGCCCUCCCCAGAAUUAAAAGAGAAGGAAAACAGGAAGAGAGUUUUUAGCUCAUAUGAUAAAAGGGAAUGAGAAUAUAGAAAAAUUAUAGAUUCAUUAAGUAUCAUAUAGAAUUGUGCUGCCAUAAUAAAAAUUUCAGUAAUUAAAAUAUUGAUUAUGGAAUUGUCUGCUUCCUUCGUAUUAAGUAUGUGCAUUUUAUAGCCAAUGUGUUUAUAAAUAAAUAUAAUUUUCAGUUGACUAUUUUAUGAUGCUAUAAUGACAGCCUCAAAUCUCAUUUUUGUGUUAAACGUGUUCUUUAACAAAAUUAUACAUUUACCAUUGCAAUGUAACUAGCUGGGUUUCCAGCCUUCAUCUAAUCUUCCAGAAUGGCAUUUCAGCGGUCCUAACACUCUUUGCUUAAUCACUCCAAUAAAAAGAGUAGAUUUCUUUGUAAUGCAAUUUGUA